AUGAAUUCAACAUCGGAAAAGGCCAUUCAUGGCAAGUGUUUGCCAGCGGACGUCGCGGACAGCACAGUUGAAGAUACUUUGCUUGAUGAUGAUGAUGCAGUCCUUCGAGCAAACGGCCACGAGGCAGCCAUGCCCAGGCAGUUCAACUGGAUUUCUGCUUUAGGUCUGGGGUUCUCGAUCACCAACUCAUGGAUCGGCUAUCUGAGCAAUUUUGGACAGAAUCUGAGCUAUGUCGGUGUGCUAGGCUGUAUAGUUAGCCUAGUGCUUGGAUGGGCAAUCCAGCUUGUCAUCACAAUGGGACUUGCUGAACUGGCCUCGGCCUUUCCGUCUAGUGGAGGUCAAUACCACUUCUGUUACAUACUCAGCACCAAGAAUACCAGAAAGUACAAUGCUUACAUUGUGGGCUGGCUUUCAGUGCUUGCCUGGUGGAUGGCGACCUGUUCAGGUAUCUCACUUGGCGCGGUCUUCCUCCAAGGGAUAGUGAAUUACUAUGUCCCGAGCUAUGAGGCAGCUCAGUGGCACACUUACUUGAUCUUCCUGGCAAUUGCGGCUUCGACCCUAAUUCCGCUGUUUGUUGCACCAACGAAGAUUUCACGGGUGACCCAGUUGACACUAUCCCUGACCUUGUCGGGAUACCUUGUUUAUCUCAUUACCGCUCUAGCGAUGCAUGAUCACGUUCAGGGCAAGUCCUUUGCAGUAGCAUCCAAUCAGGCAAACAGCGGAUGGAACGGUGGCGCAGCCUGGUUGCUUGCGAUUAGCAAUGCAAUGUAUGCAUUUGCCUCCGCAGAUGGCGCAAUACACAUUUCUGAGGAGAUACCAGGACCGGGGCGACGUGUGCCCCAAAUCAUGAUUAUGACAGAAGUCAUUGGAAUCGUGACCAGCCUGACGAUGAUUGUGGUUCUCCUCUACUUCGCCCAUGAUUAUGAAGCAAUCCGAGACUCCCCCCUCCCCAGUCUCGAGUUAGUGUAUCAAGUGACUGGAAGUCGAGACGCCACCCUGGGUCUACUCAUCUUGCUCUGGGCAAUUUAUAUUUCAUGUCUUCCACCUCAGUGGGUGACUUCCGGUCGGAUUACUUGGGCACUUGCUCGUGAUGGAGGCACCCCAUUUCCAGGAUAUUUCUCCAAAAUCAGCCCGAAACUCGACUUCCCCGUACGCACAACACUGGCUUCCUUUGGCUUCUGCUCUAUCUACGGCCUCCUCUACCUUGCUUCGACUACAGCAUUUAACUCGAUUAUCAACGCCGCCGUCCUCUUUCUUAAUUUGACAUACAUCAUCCCACAAGGACUUCUUCUCUUGCGUGGUCGGUCCUACCUCCCAAGGCGUUACUUCAACCUCUCAAGGGUCGGCUACUUCUGCAAUAUUUUUUCGGUGAUCUGGGUGUUUUUCCAAAUCGCCUUGAAUUGCAUGCCCCCACAUCUUCCCGUCACUUUGCAAUCCAUGAACUAUAAUUCGGUCGUACUGACGGGAAUCCUAUUGAUUGUGAAUAUUCUUUGGUUUGUUACUGGCAAGCAUACUUUCCAGGGACCUCAAAUCGACGCGCAUGCACUGCGCCUGAGUGGGCAUUGA